CAAGCACCUCUUCUCAAGCCCACAUCAUUAUUUUACUGCUUCUACCUGAAUCUUUUCCCGUCCCGUCGCAGCCGUGGCCAUGGCGACGUCGACCGUGCGAUGGCAUCACCCCCUCUUCCUCCAUCCCAAGCCCCACCCCUCGCUGGCGCCGCUCCUCGCCGGCCGCCACCACGCCGCAGCCCCCGUGCAGGCCUUCCGCCGCAGCGAUCUGGACGGCUUCGCCAGGCGCGUCGCCUCCGGCGAGGCACUGCGGGACGCCUGGCGGAGCGUCAACGACGGCCUCGAGGUUUUCGUCUUCGAGGCCCGCCGGACCGCCGAGCGACUCGACAGACGCUUCACUGUCUCCCAGCGCGUAGGCUCUGCCGCCCGCGCCGCCGCCGCCCGGGCCCGAGAACUCGACUGCGAGCUCGGGAUCGGUCGGCAGUGGCGCUCCUUCUCCAUGGAUUUCUCAAGAAACUGGCCUAGGUACAGGAAAGAGCUGAAUAAUUUUAUUGAGACACCUAUCGGCAGAAGUUUUGUUACGAUCUUCUUUCUUUGGUUUGCAUUAUCUGGGUGGAUGUUCAGGUUUAUCAUUUUAGGUAUAUGGGUGCUACCAUUUGCUGCUCCUCUUCUCAUUGGGACAUUUGCAAAUAACUUUGCUAUUGAGGGUGCUUGCCCAGCUUGUAAGAGGCGGUUCGUAGGCUACCGCAACCAGGUCAUCCGUUGCACCAGCUGCAGGAACAUUGUAUGGCAACCAAGGGAUGACUUCUCAAGAGGAAGAGGUGAAUCUUCAGCAAAAACUUCUGAGCCCGACAUCAUUGAUAUUGAGAUUGAGGAGAAAUGAGACAUCAUUCGGGGCACGGCUUGGCAACAAAUAAGAGCAUCGAAAGAGCAGGGGAAAAAAUUGUGUGAAUCUUUGAAGUUUCUAUGUUAGAAGCAAUUCUUGUGAUUUGUGCUUCUGUUGUACAUGAAAGUCUCUAGAGUUAUUGGAUUAUUUGUAUAGCCUUUUAUACAAUCCUAGAAGAGAUGGUAUAGUAUAGGUUUUCCGCGUAACCUUCAGUAGUUAGAAUUAUACACCAUAUUUUUCGAGUACUUGUUUAUAAUGAGUGCAUUGGGUUUGCUCCUUGGAAUUGGUA